AUGAGGCUGGACGGGUUGAUGUUGCAGCGGCUGCCGACCGACUGGCAACAAAAGAUUCACCGCGAGUUCCAGACAAAGCUGCAGCUGUGUAUAUCGAACCCCGAGGAGGUGCGCAAGACAGCCGACUUCACGUGGCAGACACUCCUGCAUGGAGUCGAGGACAGGGACAGAUUGGCGCAGCGAUUCGGACCUCACCUGGGUCAAUAUGUAGGCUGGCGACUUUGCGGAUUGGGUGUUGGACUUCGUCGCUCAGGCGAUUCACCACUUCCAGACGACGGACUCCACCACGGACGCAGCGGCCGGCUUCCCAAAGAGCGCUAUGAGGUCGACACGCCCGUUCUCGUCGGCCGGCGUGCAUCGGGAAAGCGACCGACCGGAGACUACGGCCUAUCUUGGACCCACCGUUUCUAUCGGAUCGGGCGCCUCGGACGACAGUUACUUCAACGAUAUCAACCCGCCGUCCUCGAAUUGCCGCCCCGUAUGGAUGCUGAUCGCCCGGAACCGAGGAUGGUUGGCGGGUUAUCUAACGUGCGCCGCGACGUGCCGCCGAUGGGACCAGCUGGCAGUCGGCAUGGGCACGGCUCGUACGGAUACGGCCCGCGUACCGACAGCUUUGGGCCCAGCAGUGGCAGCAGCCGCGGCGGCACUGUCCAUGCGCCCAGCAUGGUGUCUAGGAGCGGCAGCUUCCGCAGCCCGACGCAUAUGUCAUCCCCAGAGCCGAGAGUCCAUGACCCUCUGGACGAGACGCUGGACAACCUGAUUAUGAAACAGAGGAUGGACAGGCUGCACGGGCGCGCGGGCGCGCCGCUCGGCGUCCUGACGCGCAGCAGCAAGUUCUCGCCCGCGGAGGGGGAUUCCUGCUCACGUGGGUCGCCUUUAUCGCCGCCGUAUGACCACCCGAACGGCUACGUCAGGAGCCCCAGCAUGCGAGGGGCGCCACCCGAUGACUACCAUUACUCGCCGGGAGCCAGCCCCGGCAAGGUGCAGAAGAUAUGUAUAAAAUUCCCGAGGUGCCCCUUCGGCGACAGCUGCCGCUACAUCCACCCGGCAGCGCCGCUGUGCAAAAACUGGCCCAAGUGCACUUUCGGACCCAACUGCGCAUUCACGCACCCGCCGGUGCCAUGCAAGUUUAACAGAAAUUGCAAUAACCCACAAUGCAAUUACCAACAUACAGGUUAA